GAAAUUUUCAAAUCCAAAUUUAAUUUGACUAUAUAUAAAUAUAAUGCACAUUAUAGAUCAAAUAAAUGCUCCACCAACCACACUAGAGCAUAAAACAUGUUACAUAUAGCUCCAAUAUAUAUCGUCUAUCCGGCCAUUUGUAAACAACAAAAUGAAACUAAAACUACUUCAAAGUGUAUCCAUAAGAAAAAUCACAUAUUGGACUAUGUACAUCUUCAAUCUCAUUUUUGAAGACCGGUGACACUUUGAUGUGCAGAAAUGUAAACAACUCAGUACAUGAGCUUUCAAUAGUGAACUUUAAUUAAACUUUAAGUAGCAUCACUCAUGCUAUUAAGAGUUACAAAUCUAACUCGCAUUAUCCCUAUCUAUAUUUAUUUUGAAUAUUUUACUAUUAUUUAGAGACCCGUGAUUUUAAAAACAUAAAUGCUUUUCCACACCAAUAUGUAUUUUAUUUACGCGGACUAAUUACAAUAGAAAAAAUGGCCUCUAUAUUACUAGUAGAGUUUUCAUUUCCAAAAAUGACAAUUUUUUCAUUUUCCAAAAAUAUGACUCAUUUAAAACAUACGGAAUAGUACAAUUCCCAUCGCCCCAUCUCCCCCCAGCGAAAUCGUCUCCUUCUUCGCUCCCAUCAAAGCAUCAUCGAACAUCUGCAUCUGUCAUCAAGCGAAAUCGGAACUCCACAGAAUCGCUUGUCCCUGCAAUGCCGCCAUUUCCGCUAGGCCGGCCAAACCUUGAGUCGUCGUGACCUUGUUCCAAGCUGGAAGAACAGAUUUGCUGACGAGCGCCGAUGGUGGAUCGAUUCAUUUCGUCCGCCGCUCCCUUCCUCCGCCGCCUGGUCUGGUCCGUGAUGUCGUUGUUGUCGACCUUUCACUCCAGCUAUUAAAACCCAACCGGAGCUAGAUCUAGAUCUAAAGCCCCUAGCUACAUCAUUUUGUUCGCGUCUGAAUCUAGGGUUUCAGACUGGGGGUCGACGAGUGGAGGCGAGGGUUAUUCCGGACUGUAUGGGCGGUGAUCGAUGGGUGUCGAUUCAGUGCAGUUGCUUCACCAUUGUUGGUGGCAGGCUUAGGCGAGUUGGGGCAUGAGAGGUGGUUGGAUCUGGGCUGACCUGGGCUGGUGGGGGCUCGAGCUGGCGAUGGGGCUGGGUAGGGAUAAGGUUGGGGCGAUGGCUACGGCAGUGACGGGGGUGGUCGCUGUGGCGAGUUGGCUGGUGGUCACUUUGGUCGGUUGGUGGGUUGUCACUUUGACCGCUUGACGGGCAGUCAUUGUGGCCGGUGGGCAGACCGAAGUCAAUGUGGCGACGAAGUCACUGUGGUACCGGAGUCACAGUGGCAGCGGAGUCACUAUGGUUGCGAGGUCAUUGUGACCGGACUCACUUUGACCUAAGUCACUUUACGUUUAAUUGUGAUGUUUGUCACAUUUUUAUAAUUUUUAAAAAGAGAUCGUGUUUUUGUCUUUUAUGCCCUUUUAGUAAUAUACAGGCCAAAAGGCCAUUACAAUACAACAAAUAAACAAUUUAAUUAUUAAAAAAAAUGAUAAGAUACCUAGAAUAAAUCAAAUGUAUUCUAAUUACAAUACCUUCAUUUAUUGUGAAUACCCUCACAUUUUUUUGACAUCCACAACUAAACCAAACCAAAUUCCAUAAUACUAACCCUAUUCCUUACCGUGAGGCUGCCCAAAUCGAACUGCAUACCACUUUCCCUCGUAUUCUUCCGGAUAUCUCUCUUCCCGCUUUUUCUAUAUUUUUACCACAACUUCAGAUCUCAUCUCGCGCCAUCUUCACAUCUGCUAUUCCAUCCCACCAUCUCUGCUGUCCCCAAAUUUAGUUCUUUUAGUGAACCCUUUUUACUUUCCAGAAAUCGAAUCAACAAAAAAUCAAGAAUCGGCCAAAGUUUUCUGCUUCAGGAAAAAGGAACUGCAUAUAGCGAAUCAUGCAGCAGCAAGAGCCUUUAAAGCGGCAGCAGCUGCAAUUCGCGGAGGUAAAACCGGCGUUUGAGGACUACCAUCGGUUCCUAGCUGAUCCGCAACUCCAACCUCCUCAGGUUUCUGAAGGCAUCGUCGUAAAGACUCCGCCAUUGAAGAGAAAGAAUGAGAUAGGCAAGUAUACUCAGGUUUUUAGUCAGCCAAACCAAGCUUCUGGAUUUCCUGAUGCCUACAGUCCCUUGCAAACACCUGUUUCAGGAAAAGCUGGAAAGGUUCAGAAAAUAUCAAAGACAUCAAAAGCCAACAGAUCUUUGUCUAUAACUGCCGGGAGCAUUGGAUCCCCUUUCAGUAACAAUACAACUCCAGUUGCUCCUUGUCGGUAUGAUAGCUCCCUAGGCGUCUUAACGAAGAGGUUUAUUCAUCUGAUUAAGCAUUCUCAAGAUGGCAUUCUUGAUCUGAAUAAUGCUGCUGAUACACUAGAGGUGCAAAAACGACGUAUCUACGACAUAACAAAUGUUCUGGAAGGCAUUGGCCUAAUAGAAAAGAAGUUAAAGAACAUGAUCCAAUGGAAGGGUUUGGAUGUCUCAAGAACAGAAGAUGAUGAAAGUGGUUGGAAUUUGAAGGCUGAAGUGGAGAAUUUGGCCUUGGAUGAGCGUAGAAUAGAUGAACAGAUCAGAGAAAUGCAACAAAGAAUUGGAGAUCUGAUGGAAGAUGAAACAAAUCAAAGGUUGCUUUUUAUCAGAGAAGAAGAUAUUAAGAGCAUACCUAGUUUUCAGCAUGAAACACUCAUAGCAGUUAAAGCUCCACAUGGAACCACAGUAGAAGUUCCAGACCCCAAUGAGGCUGUUGAUCAUCCUCAAAGGAGGUACAGAGCAGUACUACGCAGCACCAUGGGACCCAUAGACGUUUACCUUAUUAGUAAAUUUGAUGAAAAGUUUGAGGUGAUUCAUGAAGUUGUAGCACCGCCACCUAGCCACCCUUCAACACCACCCAGCACAAGUGAGAGUGGACCUUUAGAAACUAAGAAGAGAAAAGGAAAUGAGGCAGGUGGGCUCGAAAAAGUAGAAAGAAUGUUCUCAGAUGUUGAUGCAACCUUGCCAGAAGACUCUGGAAGUGGAAUUGUCAAAAUUGUUCCCCAUGUUGACAACGAAACAGAUUACUGGUUAUUGUCGGAUGCUGAUGUUAAUAUCACUGAUAUCUGGGGAGCGGACUCUGGGGUUGACUGGAGUGAGCUGAUAACAACUCCUGAGGAUUACGCCACAAACAAUGACAGUACUGCCCCAACCCAAACUUCAUCUCCCAGUUUUCUUAAAAGCGCGUCUUGCAACUAAUACUACGGGGAGAUAAAUAUUAUCUGUUAGUGACCCAUGAUUUGGUUUUGUACAGUGUAUAUAUGUCUACUACCUUGUAAGUAGCAACAUGAGCAGUUUCUCUCGUGCCUUAAAGCACAAGGUGGUUAUGAGCAGCACAUCGUUAAACAUUAACAGUUGGAUUAUGCUUCUAGCACAAUUUGAGUUGUUUUGACUUGAUUGAGAAUGCAUAAGCAUGGUCUAUCAUUGUUAGACUUAUACCAAGGCGGCCCAGGGCUAUUUAUUCUUCAUUUUGUUAGACAUUUUCAACAUACUUCCAUUACCGUGAAAACAAGGGUGAAUAAUGGCUUUUGUUUGUAACAAGUGUGAAACCAAGAGCGAAUAAUUGCUUUAGUUUGUACUUUGUAGCAAGUGUGAAUCCAAGUGGAUUUAUUUCUUGUCCCAUAA